AUGGUUGAAGAAAUAAAACUGGCCUGUCUUGCAAUUCGUGGACUCGUUGCUGACUCGCGGGAACCUAAAGUUACAAAGCACCUGAAUGUCGAACCACAUGCCAUGGAAGCCAUUCUCGGUAAGGACGGGCGUCAUCUCAAACGACUACAGCACAGUUUUAGAGUUCAUGUGAAGGUGCAGUUCUUUGCACGAGAAAGUAAGGACGGGCGUCAUCUCAAACGACUACAGCACAGUUUUAGAGUUCAUGUAAAGAUUGACGAUGAACCUGGAGAUUCUCUUCGAAAAAUAUCAAUCAAUGGCACAGAAGAAUCUGUAGCUCUUGCGGAGGCACGCAUCAUUCAGUUGAUGAGUCGUGGUUUUAGCAGUUUUCCAAACCCAAUAGGCGAAGAGGAAAUAUCAUUGGAAGAGGUGAACAAUUACUCCUCUGCUGAUUGA